CAUUCCACAAAAUCUUCAAUUUCCAUGAAAAAGCAACGUUUUUUCACUUGGGAUAUAUACAAACAGUACACGACAAAAUGUAACAUCAAUAAAGAAAUGCUUCAACUCCAAAACGUGUAGAUGAUUGGUUGAAUUCUCCUCAUUUCAGGGUUCAUGAAAGGCAAUAUAUUCAUGAGGUGUAUUAUUAAUCUUCUUAUCUUACCUUUCAUGCCUUGACAUUCAUAGUCUGCUUAUACAAUUCAAAAAAGGCUCUGCUGAUUUUUCCAAACCUACCAACCAUUCAUGGAAGCAGAGGCAAUCUUGAAGCUCUUUGAUUCUUGCUGGUUUGGGAUUCAAAAUUUGAAGGAGCAACCAAGUUUCUUAACAUCACCAAGUUCUCAUGUAAACUCAGAUCAUCUAGUUAAAGAAGGACCAUCAUUAGAACCAGUACUUUCGCGCAUCCAAACCGGUCAUACCAGGUCCAUGAGUGACCAGUUGAACUCCAUGACAAGCUUCAAGCAUGAUUCUCCUUCCCCAGACCCUGCCUUUUUCUCACCAAAGCUCCAAACUAUCUUCUCAGGAAAAGAUGUCACAGACCCAGAAGGACCAUCAUUAGAACCAGUGCUUUCGCGCAUCCAAACCGGUCAUACCAGGUCCAUGAGUGACCAGUUGAACUCCAUGACAAGCUUCAAGCAUGAUUCUCCUUCCCCGGACCCUGCCUUUUUCUCACCAAAGCUCCAAACUAUCUUCUCAGGAAAAGAUGUCACAGACACAGAAGCUGGUAAGCAAGCACACAUGCAGCUUGAAGUGUUGCCUAAGAAGAACAUAACAAGAAGGGGAAGGAGGAAAAGGGAGAGAAAGAGUUUAUCUGACCUUGAGUUUGAGGAGCUAAAAGGGUUCAUGGAUUUGGGUUUUGUUUUCUCAGAGAAAGAUAAAGACUCAAGCUUGGCUUCAAUCAUUCCCGGGUUGCAAAGGUUUGGUAACAAUGCUGAGGAAGAAAAGGAUUCUAAUGAAUCUGCAAUUCAAAGGCCUUACCUCUCCGAAGCAUGGGAGGACCAGGAAAGGAGAAAGAAAGACAAACCGUUGAUGAAUUGGAAAAUUAAUGCUGUCAACAAUGAAAUUGACAUGAAAGAUAGUCUCAGGUGGUGGGCUCGCACUGUUGUUUCCACUGUCAGAUGAUGAAGUUCAGAUUUGUUUGAAUUCAAGUUCAAGAUUUUCUGUCA